AUGCAGACGGAGAAGCUCCUCACCGCGGAGAAGGCGACGCCGCAGCCGCAUUGGCCGAUGCGAUGCAUCGCGGCAGCAGCGCUCGUCGGCGUCGGCGGGACGCUCCUCGCCGGCACCGGCUCGCUGCCGCCAUUCCACCCGCGUCACACCGGGAACUGCCCGGGCAGCGCGGCGGCUUACGAGCUGUCGCAUGACUUUUUCGGCGGCGGCGGCUCCUUCUUCGACGAGGCGCAGUGGCAGUACUUCACGCUGCCCGACCCGACCGGCGGACCGACGAGUUACCUCUCGCACGCCGACGCGCUCGAGAGCGGUCUCCUUGAGGAGGGCGACGGGUGGGCGGUGCUGCGGGGCGGGACGCGCGACGCGAGCGACGCGAGCAAUCCGCUGCGGCGGAGCGUGCGGAUCCACUCGCGCGACGCGUGGGACGGGCGCGAGCAGGGCUUCCUUCUCGAGGUGGGCUACACGCACGUGCCGCACGGCUGCGGCGUCUGGCCCGCGCUGUGGAUGUAUUGCGACGGCUCGGACCUCGCCGACGCCGCCGACGGGCGGUGCGGACCGUGGCCUCAGAACGGCGAGAUCGACCUGCUCGAGUUUGCAAACGAGUUCUUCUCCAAGACCAGCCUCCACUUUGGCGCCGAUGCGCAGUGCCGGCUCAACGCGACGGCGGUGCAGGAGUGCGGACCCUUCCUCGACAAGAAUGGGAUGGGCUUUGACUGCGCCACAGAGUACUUCCCCGCCGCCACCGACUCCCUCUUCCCACAUCCGUGGGCCGGGCCGCGCUACGGAUGCGCGCCCAAUCGGUACGACGCCUGGCCGACCCCCAAAGAGAUCAACGCGGCGCCGGGCACAUUUGUCUUUGAGUGGUCGAGCAGUUCGAUGAAGGUGUGGAACUUUCCUCGCAGCGCGGUGCCCGCCGACCUGGCGGCGGGCAGCCCGGAGCCGUCGACGUGGGACGUCGGCCGCAUGUGGUCCUACUACCCGCUGCAGGGCUGCCCCACUGCGAGGGAGCAGCUGAGGCCGCUCAACCUGGUGAUCAACAUCGCGUAUUGCGGCGACUGGGCGGGCGGUGACUGGGAGCGGCAGUUCGACGACGGGUGGGUCGGGCGCGGCUUCCUCUUUAACUGGAUGCAGCAGCUGCUCGGCGAGAGCUGCGCCUCGAAGUGGGGCGACUUCGGCGGCGAGCGCAGCGGCGGUGUCGGCAAGCUGACUCAGUCGGGGGCACGGCAGGCAUGCAACGCCUUCAUCAACGCGCGGGAGAGCGACGCGGGCGUCGCCGAGGAGGCGUACUUCAACUUCACCCGCUUGCGAGUCUACACUGCGCGCGGCGCGGCGCGACGGUAG